AUGGCUUGGGCGGCAACUUCCGCAUACCACUUCCAACGGCGGGCUGGAGAGAAUGAGCUGAUGAUUAAGUUGAUGGGCGAUACUGGAAAGGCUUUGGGGAGGGAACACUGGUCUGUAACCUCUCAGGCCUCCUUCAAAUUGUUAGGGUCCCUGCAAGAGGCGGAUAUUGCUACGAUACUUAGGGAGGCAUGGAUGGCUUUCCGAUUCCAACAUCCCGGGAUAGCUACCGUCUUCAAUGGCGAGCUGCUCGAAUAUGUUGUUCCAGACAGGCCAGCCCUUGAGAAGUGGGCUGGUGAAACGUUUGUGCUUGUCAAGGACGAUGGCAAAACCACCGCAGGGGAUGUCAUCGCCAGGCUUUCUCCAACUCCACAGGCAACUCUGCAUUACCUUGAAGGCCACGACACCGUCAUCUUACACACGGCUCACUGGCGCACUGAUGGCUACGGUGCUCUGCAGCUCCUCAACGAUUUCCUGCAAUUGGCUGCCAUAGGCGAUGGCACUAAGGACCCUGGCAAUCUGGCAUGGGGGGACGAAGUCUCCAGGCUGCCCGUGAGCGUUGAAGAGGCACUCCUGGUCCCUCCCUCUCCAGCGCCCGCAGCGGUUGUGGCGGAAGCCGCGCGAUGUUUUGCCACCACGGCACUGGCUGUAGGCGCCGUCGGACUGUCGUAUCUUGGCGAUGCAGCCACCAAGGCCCGGGGGACGCGAGGUGAGACGAUUCGCCUAUCGCGAACGGAGACGGAAGCCAUCAUCUUCGGGUGCAAAGCCCAGGGUCUUGGCUUUGAGGCGGCACUUCAUGCAUCUAUAGCGGUAGUUGCCUUUGAAGCAGCGUCAUCCGGAGACAAUCAAGUUGGAGGAGAAACUGACUGCCGGCGCUACACAAGUACUAUCAGGAGGAGUUUGCGAGAAGCGGUGUCAGAGGUGAGCGGCACCCCGGCGUCUUAUGCAGCGCUCUACACGUCUGGGUGGUUUGUUGCUGUGGAGGAGGGGCGGCCGUGGGGCGAGUAUGCGGCCCUGUUUGAGAAGGAAUACGCUUCAUCGCUGUCGAGGGAAUUCCUCCUUGCUCGCAGGGCGUAUGCCAAUCUCGUGCUGGAGCGCCUGCGGAAUCCACCUCAGCCUUCAUCCACAACUAGUGCUGCCGCGCAGAGUGGAGGAUUGCCUAGCGGCAUCGAUAUCUCCAGCGUUGGAGAUGCAACGGUCUUGGUGGACCCGAUCCACCAAGACCCCGGUCCGGAACCAGAGAAGCAGGGAUAUGAGGAUGACAUCGCGAAUACACGUGGGCUGGAAGUGCUUCGUGUCAGCGUUGGUGUAGAGACCUUGACACGCCAUACGUACUGCUUCGUGUGGAUGUUCAGGGGCCAGUUGCAGCUGAAUCUUGUCUAUAAUGAGGCUUUUUACGAGUCACAUACGAUACAGGGGCUUCUCACGCAGAUCAAGCAAGUCCUUAUAGAUCAGUUUUCCCAGAAGAUGGAAUAA